AUGCCGAACCAAAGAGUAACACGAUCGGCCUCGACCAAAGCCACAGCAAAGGCCUCUUCAUUAUCACCAUCAUCACCAUCCAUAUCCAGCACCGCCUCUACCAACCUCACCACAUCCAGAUUCAGGGUCACGACAUCAUCAUCACCAUCCCCAAGGACCGUCGUCAAGUCAAACGCCAAAACCAAGUCCAGACCUCCACCACACUCAAAAUCCUCCUCCUCAUCAUCAUCAUCGUCAGACCAACCCAUCAGCUUCCCCUCCGCCUCCGCCUUCGACCAAUACCUCCUCCGAUCCGGCCCCUCCACCCUCUCCGGCAUCUGGCUCCGCAUCACCAAGAAAUCAAGCAUCUCCCGCUUCCCAUCAGUCACCUACCACGAAGCCGUCGACAUCGCCCUCUGCCACGGCUGGAUCGACGGCCAGCGCAAGUCCCUCGACGACAUCUCCUUCCUGCAGCGCUUCACGCCUCGUCGCCCCCGCAGCCUCUGGUCGCGCCGCAACGUCGAGCGCGUCGAAGCGCUGACGGCAGAGGGCCGCAUGAGACCAACGGGCAUAGCGGCAGUGGAAGCUGCAAAGGAGGAUGGGCGAUGGGAGAGGGCGUAUGCAGGGCCGGCGACAAUGGAGGUUCCCGGGGACUUUGAGGAUGCGCUGGCGAGCAACGAGGCUGCCAGAGCGGUGUUUGAGGAGUUGAGCAAGGCGCAGAGAUAUUCGUUUUUGUGGCGUAUACAAACGGCUGUCAAGAGCGAGACAAGGGAGCGCAGGAUCAAGGAGUUUGUCGACCUUUUGGCUGAGGGCAAGACGUUACAGUCAAGCAACGCGCGGUAUCUGGUAUCUUAUCUCGUCUUCAGACCGUUCGUCGUCUUCGUCAUCAUCAUCAUUAUCAUCAUCUUCAUCCUCUUCAUCAUCCUCCUCAUCAUCAGUAGAUUCAAUCCGCCUGUUGCGCGACGAGCGAUGCCUCGGCGGUACAAGUUCAAGCCGGGCAGCCAGACUCAACCGCCUUACAUCUGCAACUUCAUUCUGUUCCUCUUCGUCGCUGUCCUCCUCCUCCUCAUCGUCAUCGUCAUUGUCACUAGUGCCGUCGUCGUCGUCGCCGUCGCUGUUCUCUUCAUCAUCUUCUUCUGGGCCAACAUGUUUGGUUUUCUUCCUCGUUUCGCCAUUCUGCUCGCCCUUCCCCCUUUCUUCAUCAUCAUCCCCACCAUCGUCACUCUCGUCAUCGCUGUCCACGACUGCUGCACGUCUUCUGCGCUUCCUGACGGAGGAUGGUUCUGGCUCGGGGCUGGAAAAGGCCGCCGCGUUCUCAUUAGAGGCGUCGUGCCCAUCACCAUGGCCGUCUUCAGCGUCGCUGCUAGUGUUGCCCUCAGAGAAGUCGAAAUCUCCAACACUGCUCGCGUCGUCUUCAAGGAUUUGAUCCCCCGAUAGAUUAUCCAGGUCCCAAUUAUCGUGGAAGCCAUGUUCCACUAGUUCAGAGUCAUCUAUACCUUCGCUUUCGUACUCGUCGAUAUAUUCCUCAUAAUUGCCGCCGUCGCUGGUGGAGCUCCAGUCAGUGAGUUCGUCGGCGGCAAUGCCCCUCAAAUAAGCCUCUUGCCACGAUGUCUGCAGCUUUUCAAGGGCCCUGUAGCCACCUCGAUCCUCGAAGACGAACAUGGGUAGAAUCAUCGCACCAUGGCCGAGCUGCGUAACUUCUUCUGGAGAGGGAAAUCCAAGUUCAUUCAUAUUCGGAAGGGGAAGCUGCCGGGCAAAGUCAUCGUAAUCGUCGGCGUUUGGCCACACAUGCAUUUUGCGAAAAUAGCCAUUUCCCAUAUCCCUGAUGGAGACUUCGUGCGUAUAGACAUAGUCGGAUCCCGCCCAUAUCCUGUCUCCCAUUGUCAACUGCCGAGUGGGAGGGAGAUCAAAAAAUAGCCGCUUGAGGUUAGGGAAUG